UUCCUUCUUUCUUCUUUUUUUUUACUUGGAAAAUUCUGCAACUACUCUAGGCGUGCUGGUGACGAAUUAAGUGGCUGAGCAAGAGACGGUGGCUCGAUCGAUGAACACCACUGGCGAAGGAGUGGUCUGGUGCGUUUCAAACGCAGAUCAAUACAAGCAGCUGUGCAAGAAAUGUACAUUGUUAUGGAUCAAUAUAUUUCUUCAUCCAAACAAAACAGUAAGAAUUGUGGAAUUUUGUGUGAUCGUGGCUGCUGUGGUUCUGCUUAUCCUUUUGCUCGUUGGUCCCUGGCGCCGCCGCUCCCGCAACCCGAUCGUCCUGUACGCAGUCAGCGGAGCGUACCUGCUUUCAUUGCCUCUGCUUUCAUACACGCUGGGGCUGAUGCAGGGCGUCGUCAAAAACGAACUGUACCUGGUGUGGGCUACAUUCCUCAUCCUCCUCAUCAGCGGCGCCAACUCGGUGUCUGUCCAGAAUCUCGAUGAGAACAAGCAGUGGCUGAAACUUAUCCUGGACAAUGUCAUGUACCUGAUCUACGGUGGUUCGACCGUGGCCAUCUUUUUCGUUGACGCAACCAAAGGGAUGACCAUCCGUGCCGGAGCUCUGUUGAUCUUGUUUACUCUACUGUCAAUCAAAAACUUCGAGAGGAUAAUUGCUCUCAAACUAGCCAGUGAUCCACGGAGCAGCGGCAGCCAGACGGUCGCCCGCCACAUGAAGGACUAUGAGAUGGCGCUGGGGAGCGCUCCCGAUGAUUAUGACCCUCGUACCAUGCGGGGGUAUAACUACCUUGUUCAUCCCUUCCACGUGAGCCUGCCAACAGGACCUAGACAAGACCACAUCCAGACAGCUUCUGAUGAACUAAUCACCUUGCACAAGAUCUGCCUCCAUGGCAAUGGCGUUCUACAGUCGUCCGCUGAGGACCCAGCGAUCUGCCACUUGAAGGACGUCUGCCUUUCGUUCGCACUAUUCCGCCUCACGGUGCGACGAUACUUCGGGUAUUCUUGCGCUGAAGCUGGGAUCGCCAAGACUCGUGACCUCGUCCUCCAGGGGCUCUUGCGGGAAAUGGAGGAUGCCAAAGACUGCAAGAGAGCAUUCCAAGUGAUCGAGGUGGAGCUAGGUUUCCUCUAUGACUUCUUCUACACCAAGAAUGCAGUAAUCAUGAUCCGCGGAGAGAUACGGUCCGCUGUUCUUUCACUCUGCAUCACCUUGCUGAGUAUAUUCAUCGGGGUAUAUGCUCUCAUCGACCUCGAGCCACAUGAGGAAUAUUGGGAAUUUGGAUUUGUUGCCACGGAGAAACAAGGCAUUAUUGUCACCAAAGUAAUAUUGUGUGCCCUUGCGAUAUUUCAACUGCUGCAGAUAGGGAUGUACUGCGCCUCUGAUUGGGCAAAAGUAUCUCUGGUUUGCAAGUACAUGGCAGAACCCGCAUGGCAUGGGAACUCAUACAUUGGGAAACUUUUCCUGUUAAUCGGACAAGUUUCAAUCUUUCUGGAGGAAUGCAAAUGGUUUGGCCGCUGGGAGAACAAGAUCGGCCAAUACUCACUCAUGGAUUCUUUCAGAUACCCUGAUAAUCAGUUCUUGGAGAAACAUAGUGAGCUUAUGACCAUGUUCCGGGAAGGAAGAAAAAAAGGACAGUCCAUACCAGUGCCCAUGGAGGUGAAGAAAGCGAUAGCAUGGACUCUCAAGGCCUCAAAUGGCCAGAUUGCAAACGGAGCACCGGCACUUGUGAGGCAUGGCAUGCCUGAGCUGUGCUGGGCAUGUCCAACCAACAAUGAGUUCACUCUAGCUCAGGUUAUAUUGUUAUGGCACAUUGCAACAAGCUACUGCGAGAUAUCAGAAUCGAACCGAGUCAAUGUGCAACCCACAGCACAAACCAGUAAUCCGAAGCUUGUUGCCACCAGCUUGUCCAAGUAUUGUGCAUACUUGGUCAAGUUCGCCCCAAAACUGGUUCCUGGCAGUCCAAUAGAGACAGAGUCCACGCUUGAGGAACUAGUAUACGAAGCAAGAAGAGCUUUCAAGGUAAAUCCGGAUAUAUUGACAUUGUUUGGGGAGCUGCAGCAACAGCACAACGAAGGAAGGGCACGCGAUUGGAUGUUGGCCAAGGGCGCCGUACUUGGGAUAAAACUAGCGAGCAUGGAGGACCAGGUGACGCGGUGGAACCUUCUCGCAGAUUUCUGGGCAGAGCUGAUGCUGUACAUCGCCCCAUGUGACAAUGUUGCUGCCCAUAUAGAGUCUCUUGCUGAAGGUGGCGAGUUCGUGACACAUGUUUGGGCUUUGCUUAUGCAUGCUGGCAUCCUGGAGCGUCCUGCUGCUCAUGCCAUCUAAUCAAACUGAGAAGUCGGGGGCAAGAACAUCCGCAAAUAACUGUCCUCAAUCCUGUUGUGAUUGCUAUUUGUGUAUUAAAACGUCGUUAUCAUGUGUGACUGUGUGAGUAAAGACAAUGAAACCUGGUUGUAUUGUGAGGUCCGCACGUAUGCGUUGGGUUCAUUUGGUGCUGAAGUGUUGUAACCCUAUUUAUUUAUCUGCCUAGCUGGUUGCAUGUG